AACACAGUCAAAUGCGGCCGGGUGCUGGUGGCAACCGGGGCAAGGUGCGCUUGGGGUGGACCUUGGCCACCAGCACCCAGCGGGUGCCGCUGGGGCCCCGGCACCCCUGUGAGCAUGGUGCUGGGCGCCGUGGCGGUGGCGGUGCUGGCCGGACUGGUUUUGCUGCUGUUGCUGGUGCCGCCAGUGACAUGGCACUUGGUUCCGUUCCUCUGGGUUGACCUGGUGGCUUUCGGCGCCUUGGUGCGCUCCUCGCUGCGCUGCCAGUGGCGCUUGAACCGCCGACCCCCCAUCACCCUCCUCGAUGUCUUCCAGGACCACGCUCGCCGCCAGCCACACCGGCCCUUGCUCCGCUUCCAGGAGGAGGUUUACACCUAUGAGGAUGUGGAACGGCAGAGUAACCGCGCCGCCCGGGCUUUGGGCCAGCACCUGGGGCUCCAACCGGGUCAACCCGUCGGCGUCUUCCUCCCCAACGAGCCCACCUACGUCUGGACCUGGCUGGCCUUGGCCAAGUUGGGUUGCCCCAUGGCUUGUCUCAACUGCAAUGUGCGGGGUCAGGCGCUGCGUCACGCACUCGCUGCCGCCCGCAUCACCCUGCUCCUUGCCAGUCUCGAUCUCCAGGCCGCCGUGGAAGAGGUGCUGCCAGCCCUGCAGCACGAUGGCAUCCGUGUCUUCUACCUGAGCUCCACGUCCCCCACACCGGGCGUCGAGGCCCUGCUGCCCACCAUCAAGGCAGCCUCUGAUGAGCCCCUGCCCAGCCAUCACCGUGCUGGCACCACUGCCAGCUCCAAGGCCAUGUACAUCUACACCUCUGGCACCACCGGGCUGCCCAAGGCAGCAGUGAUCACCGAGAAGAAGCUGAUGAUGGUGGCCAGCCUGGGUCGGCUCUGUGGCCUGCGGCCCGAUGAUGUAAUCUACACGACACUACCGCUCUACCACUCAGCUGGGCUGCUUAUUGGGGUGGGAGGGUGCUUCGAGGUCGGAGCCACCUGCGUCCUACGGGCCAAGUUCUCUGCCUCCCAGUUCUGGGAUGACUGUCGCCGCUACAACGUCUCUGUCAUCCAGUAUGUGGGCGAGCUCAUGCGCUACCUCUGCAACACGCCCAAGCGCCCCAAUGACCGGGAGCACGGGGUGCGCAUGGCGUUGGGCAAUGGCCUGCGGGCAGAGGUGUGGAAGGAGUUCCUCCAACGCUUUGGGCCCAUCUCCAUCUGUGAGUUUUACGGGGCCACUGAGGGCAACGCUGGUUUCAUCAACUACACCGGCAAGAUCGGAGCCGUGGGCAGAGCCAACAUGUUCCUCAAGAGUUUUGCUCCCUUUGAGCUCAUCAAGUACAAUGUGGAGGCGGAUGAACCCGUACGUGACGAGCGAGGUCUCUGCAUCCAAGUCCGCCCCGGUGAGACAGGGCUACUGGUCAUCAAAAUCACCAAGAACACCCCAUUCCAUGGCUACGCAGGCGAUUCCCAGAAGACAGAGAAAAAGAUCUUGAGGGAUGUCUUGGUCAAAGGUGAUGCCUUCUUCAACAGCGGUGACCUCCUUGUGAUUGACCAUGAAAAAUUCGUCUACUUCCAGGACCGCGUGGGAGAUACUUUCCGGUGGAAAGGUGAGAACGUGGCCACGACAGAGGUGGAAGCCACUCUUGCCAUGGUGGACUUCAUCCAGGAGGUCAAUGUCUAUGGGGUGUCUGUGCCAGGGUGCGAGGGGAGGUGCGGCAUGGCAGCCAUCCGCCUGAAAGCCGGGGCAAGCUUUGAGGGCGAGAGCUUCUACACCUUCACAGGGGACACGCUACCCAGCUACGCAGCCCCCCGCUUCGUGAGGAUCCAGGAUACUUUGGAGAUCACGGGGACCUUCAAGCAGUGCAAAGGCAACCUCGUCAAAGAAGGCUUCGACCCCAAUGUCAUCAAAGACCCCCUCUUCUUCCGCGAUGACAAGAAGAAAUCCUACGUGCCCUUGAACCCCGACACCUAUGCCGCCAUCCUGGACAUGAAGCUCAACCUGUAGAAGAAGGAACCACACCAGGGUCUCCACGGUGGCCCAGGGGGGGCUAAUUGCCUCAGGGCAAUUAGCAAGACCAAUUUGGGGCUAAUCAGGCAGUUUUCACAUCCUUUGAGGAGUUUUUUAAUGGUGUUGGAGCACGAGGAGGGUGACUGGCUGGUCUCGGUGUUCGCUAACCCACCCCAGGCUGGCUGCGGCAAUUAAAAGCUUAAUUCCAAUUA